UUCAGCGGACAAGUAGAUGCUCUUCAGGCACGUCGCAAGAGUGACAAACUUCUGGUUAAUUUGUUUACAGAAAAUUCGCAGACAUGCUACAAAAAUACAGAAUAAUGAAGUUUAUGUCGUUAUUCUUAUUCCAAGUGAUCCUUAUGGUCUUGUACUUCGUGUUCGCGAGGUACGGAGGUGAAAAGGACCAUGAUAUAAAAGGAUUCGAAGGCACACAUGUAAUGAUUUUCAUUGGUUUCGGGUUUCUUAUGACUUUUUUGAAGAAAUACAGCUACAGCGGCGUUGGGUUCAACCUUUUCCUCGCUGCUCUUAUAAUACAAUGGGCACUGCUCUGCCAGUCCUGGUACCAUAUGGAAGAUAAAUUUAUUUAUAUCACAAAGAUGACUAUACUUGAAGCUGAUAUUAUGGCGGCAACGAUACUGAUCACAUUUGGUGCACUUCUCGGCAUUACAUCUGUGAACCAGCUACUGUUUAUAGCAAUUAUCGAGACUGUUUUCGCCUGCUUCAACCUUUGGCUUAUUACAUCAAAGUUUAAAGCAACGGACGUCGGUGGUUCAUUAGCUAUACACACGUUUGGUGCAUACUUUGGACUUGCUGCAAGUUGGGCAAUGGCUUACGGCCGCAAAAAAAAGAGCGAUCAACCGAAUCAAUUAAACAAGCCGAUAUAUUCUUCCGAUAUGACGGCUAUGUUAGGUACACUUUUUCUCUGGAUUUACUGGCCAUCAUUUAAUUCUGGUUUAACACACUCAAACGCUGAAUAUCAACGAGCGGUCAUAAACACAUAUCUCUCUUUGGCUGCGGCGACCGUAACAACAUUCAUUGUAUCAUCUUGUGUUCACGAAGAAGGAAAGUUGGAUAUGGUGCAUGUUCAGAAUUCGACCCUGGCUGGCGGAGUCGCUGUGGGAGCAGUUUGUAACAUGCACAUUAGUUGUGGUGGAGCCAUCGGUAUAGGCGUCGGUGCUGGAUUUAUAAGUGUACUUGGAUAUUCAUAUCUAACGCCAACACUUACUGAAUCCAGUAUCAUAGACACUUGCGGAGUACACAAUCUACAUGGAAUGCCAGGCGUGUACUCGGGACUUCUUUCUAUCAUGUUUGCUUAUAUGGCCACAGCUGAUGUUUACGGGGAUGAAUUGAGUGUUGUGUUCCCGGCCUUGAGUGGUGGAGGUGGUAACAGUUCUAACGCUACAGCAGCGCCAUCUAGCGACCAAGCGCUCGCGCAGUUUGAAGGGUUGGUCGCUACCUUGGUUAUUGCGAUCAUUGGUGGAAUCAUCACAGGUGCAUUAUCUAAAAUUGCAAUAUUUGUUCCAUUAAAGGAACCGGAAAAAUACAACGAUGCAGUUGAUUGGGAACUCCCUAAGUGACUUUAAAAUAUCUAAUAAUGGGAAAGUGUAAGUCUGUUUUUGUAAAUUUGUAUCACGCUUUAAAUUGUAAUUUGUGUGUAAGUUGAGAAGUGCUGAAUAAAGAGUUAGUCCUUAGCAAUUGUGACGAUUUAGCAAAAAGUAAAUGGAUGUAAAAAUGUUUAGAUUUUUUUUUAAAUCUUGAUGUUUAGUGUAACAGUUUUAAGUGUUUCACAGUUUGUAAAAAUUGUUUUAUGUUUUGAAUACAGUAAUAG